AUGGAUCCCUAUAACAACAUGGACAAAUGGGUAACUGAACCCGAGUUUGUGGAAGAAGGAGAUGAAGCACAGAGGAGAGGAUACAACCUACAUAAGGACAUGAAACAUUGUGGGAAAAAUGAUCAACAUUUAAAUUUCAUUCCCUUUAAAUUUUUUCUUGGAAAGGAAAGUACAGCAUUUAAGGUCAUUGAGAUUUUGGGUAAUUUGACAGUGAGAAUAAGUGCUUUCAGUAAACAACGUAUCAAACUUAAUGCAAGUGGAAUGUUAUUUAGAUUAGUAGAGAUUGAGAACUUAGACUAUGGAAGAGAUCGUUGUUUAUUUUUUGUCAUCAUAACAGCCAAGCAUGUGAUCUCUAAUGACACUGAAGCAAAAAGUGCAACUGUUGAAUUUUUUAAUGAGGGAGAUAACCGUUGUGAUUCAUAUAGUGCCAGGGGUAUUAAAGUUUUAGAAUCAAAUAAUGAAGGGGAUUUUUCUGAAGUGUUGUGUAUGGCAACCAAUAAAAUGUUAGCAGUUAAAAUAAAGAACCUGCUUGACUUCAACAAGUUCAAGCUAGCACAUAGAGAUAACUUGUUGAACAUUUUUAUUGAAGGUAAAAAACUCAACAACCCCAUCAGUCAAAAUCAAUCUGAUUUAAAUACCUUUAAGGAGGUAAAUAAAGCAUUGUGGCACAUAAAUCAGUUUCAUCCUAAAGAACAAUUACUAGACUCUUUUACACAUCCUGUAAAAUUUGAUUUUAGAAUCAUAGGACAAUUGCAUUUGAAUAUGUUUUUGUUUGAGGUGAUGCUUUUUUGUCAGAGAAAUGGAAUAUGUACAAGAAAUGUUACUACUAAAAUAGAAUUAUUAGACAAAGUUUUUAAAAACUCUCAGGAGAGAAAAACUGUUAUUACAUUAGUAGAAAAUUUAUUUAAAUGCAAAAUGACCAAUCUGUACAUUCAUAUUUGCUACCCAUAUGACAAGUCAAAACAAGUAACUGGUAAACUUAUGUCAACAGAAUCAUUCAUAGGUCCAUAUAUAUAUAUGAACAACACUCUGACAUGUUGUGGUGGUCCUGUGUUUAUUAUUCCUAGAGAAUGUUUGGAACUCAGUGAUGAUGGAGAAAUUCAAUUGGACAAAAUAUUUUUUCUGCCACCCUCUAAAACACACAGAGAAGUUGCAAACUUUUUUAGUUGGAGAGAUUAUUUUGACAGUUCUAUGAACAACACUUUAAGGUUAAACAGCAACCAACACAGCCAAAUAGACAACUUGCUACCUGGUACUGUGUUUCGUGAGUGGGCCGAAGAACUUUGGAAAUUUCAAAACCUAGAUGAAGAACUUUGGUCAUUUAGAAACCUACAUAAGUUCACUGAAAUUCACCAUUAUGAAUCUAAACAUUCAGACUUUAAUCUGUUUGCCAAAGUAUGCAUACUUUUAAAUAUUAUAGAAAUAUUAGGUAAAUUAACAGUGAGGGUUGCUGUUUUCAGUGGAACUCCUAAUGAAGUUGCAGCAUGUGGAAUGUUGUUUAGAAUAGUAGAGAUUGAAAAUCUGGAUGAUCAACCAGGUGAUGAUUUAUAUUUUACUAUUGUAAUACCAAAACAUCUGAUCUCUAUAGAGGAACAUGUAAAUAAUGCAACUGUUGAAUUUUCCUACUGCAAACAUGGGGAUUGUGAUAUCAAGUAUGCAAGCUGUGUAGAAUUGUUACGUUCAGAUAAUAAAUAUAAUUUUUCUGAAGUGGUUUGUAAGACAAAUGACAUGAUGUUGGCAGCUGAAAUUAAACAACUUUUUGAUUUAAAAAGCUUUAAGCAAACAGAGAAGUGCACAGAGAUCAAGAAACCAAGUUCUCAAUAUAAAAACAUUAAAACAUUAGAUAAAGUGUUUAGUAAAAUAAAUAGGUUUUAUAUUUCUGACAAAUUAUUAAACCAAACAAUGGAAUUAACAAAUAUUGAUGCUCACCAUCCUUUAAUAAAACAUGAUCCUAGUUAUUUAAUUAGUAGGAUUUUAAAAGCAAAAAUAAAGCCUGAUAACAUAAUAAAAUCAGAGUUUCUGGUUGAUGCACUAUGGGUGGAUCUUAAUAACAUGGAAAAAAGUUAUACAAAUAUGGUACUUAAAAAUCUUCAAGAAAGAAACCCUUUAAUGAUAUCAUCUAUUGAAGCUGUGGAAAGUUUAUUUAAAGAUGAACAAAAUGAUCUCUGCAUUCACAUUGGCCACCCCCAUGGCAUGUCAAAGCAAGUAACAAUUGGUGAAGUCAUAUCAACAGACACAGGAACAGGUCAUUACACGUUUAUGUACAACACUCCAACAUGCCCUGGAUGUUCUGGUGGGCCUGUCUUUGUUGUUCCUAGAGAAUGUCUAAAACUUGAUGUCAAUGGAGAAUUGCAAUUUGACAAAAUAUAUGUCAUGCCACACUCAAAUGCAUUCAAAAAUGAAGAAAAAUUUUCAUGUAACAGGAGCUCAUCAUGGAUGAUUUACCUUGAUGGAACUAUGAAUGAAACUUUAAGAAUAUCUCUGCCUGAUGAAGUAGUUAAUGAUAUUUCUAAGCUUUUGAAGGAUGCCCUACCCUCCAUGCAGUAAAACCCAUUAUUGGUAACUAAAUCAAAUGGAAUCAAAUCCUGGACAGUAAAAGAAGUUGAACAUAGGUUUGAAGAAGUUGUUAUGAACACAUGCCAUAGAAAUAACAGUGUUUUUCAGUCUGUGAAACAGAUAAAGAAUAAAGAUUAACUGACACAUGUUGAAUCUCAUUUCAAAAUAAACUAUCAUUGUGGUUAGAUCUAGGAACUGUUACGGACAUAAUGAGAAAUUGGAGGAAAUGAAAACUUAAAACAGGCAUAUCUAAUAGUGAAAUAAAAAUUUUAGGUAGAUGACAAUAUGUAUUAUUUGUAACAAAGACUGUUGUCAAUGAUAUGUUAUUGCUACCAUUUUUACUUACAGUGAAAAGAAAUUGGUGAGUGUUGUAGUAACACACAUUUUAAAUUAAAAACAUGUUACUAUUUAAUAAAAUUAUUAAACAUUUUGAGCCAAAUAUAAAAAUCACAUUAAUUUACAGCAAUUCACAGUAAUUCUGAAAAAGUGCUUUUUUUAAAUGUCAAAACUCAACAUAUUUUUUGUACAUUUUCUUUUUAAAAUGAUCACCUAUAUAUAAAAUUGAAUAAAAUUACUAUUUUAUUUCAGGAAAGCAUUAAAAGUUAGAAUAAAUUACAGUGUAUUUUGCUUUUGACAAUAAAAUUAUUAAUGUCAUGUAGUUUAAAUCUAUUUACAUUUUCUCUUGAAUUCAGGGGUUGGGUUUUUAAUUAGUAUUUAUUUUUAUAAAUGAUCUAUUACCUAUUUUAUUAUAUGAAAAAUCAUGAAAAAUAAUAUACCAAUUUGGUAUCCUUAUUUCUCAAUAGACUAUUUAGCAGGCCCGUAAGAAUGUUUCUAAGGUUAGUUUGAUUUUUGUUUGAAGCACGAUGAAAAUGUUAAAAGAUCUUGAGAGGCUUAAUAAAUAACCAAAUGUUUAUAAAAUAUUUUUAAAAUUUUGAAUCCAAUACGCUAUUAAAGUAUUUUAUCUCAUUUAAUUUUUAUUUUAUGGAUUUUUACUAGUCAUAGUGGUUUUCGGAAAAUAACAUCUGCUUAAUAAUCAGACAGAACCCCAAAACAAUAAAGUUAAUCCUGAUACAUAAACAGGCUCUGCAAUAUUAUCUGUCCAUUCUUACUUUUUUUUCAAACUCUAACCAUUACAUUUUUAUCUACAAUUCAGUAUGAUGUGUUCAAAAAUGUAUUUUGAUGUUGUAAAAUAAUUUUAAACAGAAUCAUUGUAAGUAUAUCAAAGCUUUUUUUCUAUGUGCAAUAAAUCUUAUAAUGACCUUUGAUUACAAUGUAAUGUAAUUACAACCAUAUCUACAUGGAGUCUUUUUAAAAAUUUAACUGAGAUGAUUAGUUAGUGAGAGAAUUUUAAUAGAUAAUAAUGUAAACAUAUAAAACAUCCCGGACAUCCCUUAUGUUGUUCCUUGAGUUUAUCAGCUCUGAUGGGUAUCUGACCUUUUUAGGGAAAAUAAAGUCCACUGUAUAAAGAGCUAACCACACAAUUCUUCAAAUGCCAAGGUGAUGAAUACAGGUGAAUUGUACUUCAUCUGAUCAAUUGCUGCAAGUACUGAAAGUUAAAUUCACUUUUACCUUCCUAUGUAAACUAUUAUAUAUUAAUCAUCUGGAUAUUGGCUGAUUCAUACAAGUGUAUGUAUACAUACAUUGUAUUCUUUGUUGUAUUUUUAUUCUGCUUUCAUGCUUUUUUG